AUGCUGCUCCGAUUGCUCGCAGUGCUCGGCGUCGUCGUCGCCAUCGCUUCUGCCGGACCGACCCGAUCCUCGAAGCUUGUGUUCCUGAACGAGGAGAACUGGACAGACAUCAUGAAGGGCGAAUGGAUGAUCGAAUUGUGAGUUGUUUAACCCCAUUUCUUAUUUCCCGUUUGCAAGCGUAUAAAAAUUUGUACAAAAGCUUAUCAGGCUGAAAAUGUCUGCACAAAAGAGCAAAGUAUGCGACUUACGUGAAUGUGCUCUAUGAUCAUGAUCCGAUUUGCAGCCACGCUCCAUGGUGCCCAGCCUGUAAAGACCUCCAGAAGGCGUGGAACGCGUUCGCCGACUGGUCCGAUGAUCUCGGAAUCAAGGUCGGAGAAGUGGACGUGACCGUCAACCCGGGACUCUCCGGAAGAUUCCUUGUCACCGCCCUCCCAACCAUCUAUCAGUAAGUCUUUCCCGGUCAUCAUCUUCUAUUCAUGAUGAUGUUUUCAGCGUGAAGGAUGGUGUCUUCCGUCAAUACGUUGGCGCUCGCGACAAAAACGACUUCAUCUCGUUCGUCGAGGACAAGAAGUACCGCGUGAUCGACCCAGUUCCAGACUACAAACACCCGAACUCCAAGCAGUCAGUUCUGGCCUCAAUUAACAAAGAUAAAUGUCCUGUUCAGAAUGGCUGUCGUCGCCGUCUUCUUCAAACUGUCGAUGGCUGUCCGUGACCUGCACAACCAUCUCGUCGAGGAUAAGGGUAUCCCAUCGUGGGCCAGCUACGGACUUUUCGCUGGCGUCACUCUUGCUCUCGGAUGCGUCCUCGGAUUCGUAAGCAUCCAAAAUGUUCGUUUUCAUCGAGUUUUCUCCAUUUUCAGUUCAUCGUCAUCAUCAUCGAUCAAGUGUUCCCAACUGGACCGAGAAAGGCUCAACAAGCCAAGAAGAACGAGAAGAAGGACGCCAAGAAGGACUCGGGAACGGAUUCACCGACCAAGAAGAAUGGCAACAACAACAAUGCGAAGGAGUCGAAGAAGACCAAGUAG